AUGGGCAAGAUAUUCGUUUUAAGAGACUUAAUGCCACAGCAUGAAAGCAAACAUUCAUGCAUUUGCGUGGAUUCAGUUGAUGGGUCUAUUUUCCCGUUACUGGACAACAACUCCUCUGCAUUGGUUCAAACAAUGCAGGCGGUCCGAGGUGGUAAUUUACAGAAGGUCAAGGAUAUUUUGAGAAGACCAAAAACUCAAGCAGAGCUCUCAUUACUACUUAGAACACCAGUUGAAAAUGAUCUUUCACCACAUUCAGAGGUGUGCCUAAAUAAUGUCUGCCAAGAAGAACCAAGUCAUGAGCUUAAAGACAGUACUCCUCCAGCUGUAGCACUGCAGUCACAAGCUGACCUUCUGGAGCUUGGCAUACACAAGAAUCAGAGCUCAGAGACCAAAAUACUUUCUCUAGUUAACAAAAUAGAUACAAACUUUAAAAAUGUGGACAAUAAUCAGGUAAUCACAGAAGAUAUUACUGAGACUCAGAAUCUCAGUGGACAUGAGUCACCCUUAAGUCAGCUCGAUACCUUUAAACAAACUUUGCUGAAUCUUGAAGCAACUUUGAAUAAUCUUCAGAGUGAAAGUGAUAAACUGAAAUUAUUGGGAGACAAACAAGUCAUGGAAGAAAAGUAUGAACUGAUGGCAAAUCAAGUGCGCUUGAGUAUCCAAGAAUUAGAUGCUAUAACAUGGGAAAAGGAGCUUAAUUUGGAGGGAUUAAAAAGUAAUUUGAGGCAAGAAAAUUAUGUUUUGAGUAAAAGGAAUGAGGAUCUUUUAGACCAUAUUAGUAAACUAGAAGACUGUUAUCAACGUCAAGUGGUAACAGUUCAAGAAGAAAAUAUUCAGAUGCAGGAGUGUAUCUCUAGGCUUGAGAAAGAGGCUGAGAUGCAUGUUUGCACAAACUCAGAGCUGCAGCAACAAGUAAAAUCUCUUUCAUCCUUGAUUGAUGACCUCAGGGAAGACUUGAAGCAGAGCACAGAGGAAACUACAGAUUCACAGGAAGGAAUUAUAGAGAACUUGCAAUGUAGCCCACAGUGUGAGGAAGCCCAUGCAAUUUCAGAGCUGCAACAGCAAGUAAAAGAUUACUGCAUUUUGUUCACUGACCUGAAAGAAUACUUAAACGCAUGGUCAGAAAAGCUUAGUUAUCUGCAAGAUGAGCUUCUGCAAUGUCACUACGGCAAGGCCCAUUUGAAAUGUGAAAACUCUCUGUGCUCACAGGCCAUUUCUCACCUGCAAGAUAAGACGGUAGAUUGUGCUAACUUCGUCGCCAUACUUGAAAAACAAGUGAGCGAGAGAUGUCAGGAGAUAUCCUUACAAACAGAAAAGGCAGAGUAUAAGCAAAAAAUUAUGAAAUGGGAAACAGGAACUCUUGAGCAUAACUGCACUAUCUCAAAUCUAAAAGACAAAGUUAAUGAGAUAUCAGAGUUAUCUUUGGAGCUGCAGAGUGAGAUGGAUGCGAAGCUUCCAGAGGACGCACAUCCUAAAUCUCAAAAGAAUGUGUGCAAACUCAAAAGUCAAAGCCAGGAGGACUCACAUGUGGGUGCAACAGAAGACCAUCCCACAUCACUUGCUGACACUCUAAACCAGAUACCUAGUGUUCAUGAUCAUCACCACCAGGAAAACUUUCAGGGGCUAGCUGAGACAAUGGGCAGUUCCCAAGCUAUUGCAACACAGCAAGAAAAGGUUGUUGAGUUUGCUAAGAGGGGUAUUGAAUUUGAGAACUAUUGGAAAGAAACAUCUAAUGGGGAGAGUCUUUUCAAUAAAAGGACUAAAGAAAACAUUCAAAAAAACACCAUGGUAACAACUUUAGAUAUGGUCACAUCGGUAGCAGUAUUAGAGCAGCAAGACAUGGAGAGAGCAGAGUCCAGAGUGUGUGAAACAGUAAAAAGAGACUCUCAAGAACCUUCUAAAGAAAUUAAAUAUGUUGAUAGUGAAGGGACAAAUGUUUUAGGUUUGGAUGAAGACAGUACAAGGUUUAUUUGGUUGUCCCCAGUUGACUUGACUUCUAAAGUAACAAUGGAACACUGGAUGAAAAACAAGAUCAAAAGUAAUGAUGGUGAUGUCAGCAUCCUGAAAUUCAGGACAGACAAAAUACACAAUGAAACUCUUUCUGAUAUUUUGGAUGGAAGUGAUCAAACUAUACUGAGAUCAGUUACAGGAGAAGAGGAUUCUGGGUUGCUGGCUUCAGAGCAUACUAGAAGGCUGCAACAAUAUGAAGACAUUAUUAAAUGCCUCUGUGUUGAAAACAGGGAACUGAGGGAGAGAAUUCUUGCAGUGGAAACAUGCAAGGAGAAAAUGAUGGAUGAGGCAAUAAACCUGCCAAACGUGAAAUCCAACAAAUUAGCCAAUGUACCUGAAAAACUGCUGAGCCAAUUUCACCACUUUGACUUUGUCCAGAAAUCUGUUAAGGAAAAGACUGUGGAACAAAUCCAGACUAAAAAUGAAUUAGAUUGUAAAUCAAUGGAUGUAACCAAUAAUAAAAAUGAACAAUAUCCAGAAGAUUUGUUAAUAUCUACUAGUACCGGUCAACGACAUAUUAAAGCCAGAGAACCUUUUAACAUGUUGCUCAGAGGCAAAACAGAAGAUGAGAGUGUGUCUCUUGAUUUAGAUGGGAUUAUGCAUUCCAAGCAAGGGGAAGAUAACAAAAAGGAAGAUUGCAUGGUAGAAAAUGAUUUACAAAAGCUGUUGGAGGACUCGAAGGCACAAGUGAAGACGUAUCAAGAUGAGCUAGAAAAGUCCAAAGCUGAAGCUCAGAAGUGGUACAGAGACCUUGGGAUUACUGAGUAUAAACGUGAAGAAGCUUUAAAAAAGCUUGACCAGGCUAUAAAUGAGGUUAGGAGAAUGAGAGGACACUCUAAAGAUGCAGAAGAAUUGAGAAAGGAGAAUGCAAAGCUAAAACAAGAGCUAAAAAACAUGCAAACAAAAGCUGAAGAAAUGCAAAAUCUGCACCCAAGAGCCCUUUCAGAAGAUCAGCAAAUUCUCAAUGCAUCUGAAGACCAGCAUGAAGCAGCUCAGAAACUGUGCUCUCCAGAGAUUUCAUCUUUGACAGAAAUGAGUGAAAAGGCAAGUGGUGUCUACAGAAUGUGA